GUGAUUCGGCCUGAAAUGGUGUCGUUGAUCAAGGCGAUGUUUACAUCUACGUUUAAUAAUUUUUCCUGAUCUACUAAAUUGUAAAAUUAUUACCGGUUUGUGACGAAUCGUUAGAAAAGACUUUCAAGAUGUCGCGGUGUGAUUUAGAUGCCAUACAGUUGCAAUUGAAGACUGCAAUUCAAAGUCACCAGUUUCUUGUGACGAAGAUGAAAUCGGACCCACAGAAUGCUGAUCUUAGGAAACAACUUCACGACUUGCAGAGAGAAAUCACAGUUUUGAGUGAGAAACAGAAAGUAAUUGUCCAAAAUCUGAGAAAGGAAAUUGUCACAAGACAGCAAUCCACACCAGCUCCUCCUGUAUCUAAACCUGAAGUUCAGCCAAGUGUGCCUACACGACUACAGCCAAUACAGCCGAAGCCCACCAAUGUACCGGUCAGUUCAGUCACCGUACCUGUCACCGUAGCAACAAAUCUGGUAAAGAGAGAGGAAGUCUGUCCAGUGAAGCGGGAAGAUGUGUGUCAAGUCAAGCUUGAGGGAGGCAGUGCCACGCCCACUCCAUCUGCCAAUCAGAACUCGCUAUCUCCUAGAUCAACCUCUCCACCAAUACGAGUACCUCAGUAUCCACUACACCGACCUUCUAUUCUUCCUCAGGGUAAACCCGUUGGCACAAAAGGCAUGUCCUACACCUCCUCACUUGCCCGGCGGCCGUCAGACUCGGACCUACGUGACAUUCGUAAAACUGUGGAGAGGAAACAGAUCUCACCAGAAGAGAAAGAGAAACUGGCUUACAUGGCUGUCUUAGAAUUAGUGACUCAGGAGACUUUAAAAGAAAUGCAGAGCAGAAAACAUGAACGGAAAAGGAGAACAACUGCCAACCCUAUGUACAAUUUUGAACCAGAAAUUCAUCGAAGAAGACCAACAUCUCUGGUUUUAAACAGCUUACCAGGAAUGAAGCGACCACGAGGCCGACCACCCAAGCAUGCUAGGUCGCCGAGCAACAGCCAUCCCGGUACACCUGACAGCAAUGACAGCGGAGGUGGCUUCAGGAACGUCAUGUUCAAAAAUGGGUUUGAGGACGUACAUGAAGACUUGUGUGCAGUGUGUGGUCACUCGGGCCAGCUCUUGCUGUGUGAUACCUGUAGUAAGGUGUAUCAUCUUCAGUGCCUUGACCCACCUCUCCCCUGUGUCCCUGAUGGGCGCUGGAGCUGUCCCAAGUGUCAGGCUUCUGGAAGGUCAAGUGCCUGGACAUCAGAAACCCUGGCUAUUGUACAUUCCUUUAUUGCAAACAAAGCUGCCAAGGAAGAGGAGAGGAAAAAGUUACAUAAGAAGAGUAUGGAGUUGAACAAUGAGGUGGUCUUGCUGGAGUCAAAAACAAAGCAGCUUGGCGAGGCCUUAAUGCAACAACGACAGAAACGUGAAGAGCUGAUGGAGACUAAUCGUCACAACCAACAGUCUGUGGAAAAUUACAAAAACUUCAUCAAAGUCAUACAGAGUUCAUAGCAGAUUGUGUCCUACAGAAGUUAGUGUUGGUCAAAUUAUACUGACCAUGGUACAUUGUUAUAAUGACCAGUAGUCAUAUGACGGUUUACAGAUCUGAGAACAGGUCAAGUUAUGGUUUUCACUUCUUGAGGAAUCGGGAUCAGUCAAGUUAUUCUGUCAGUGUCCAGGUCAUUCAAUAUGAAUGUUGGUCAUGGGUAUGAUGCUUGGUCACAGCCUAAACAGACCUUUAACAGGCAAACAUUGGAAGAGAAACAGCCAGUGUGGUUGAGUACAGCUGGACAUUGUCCAAUCCAUGAGAUUAUCUCAAAGUGGAAUAUUGAUGUUAUUGCUAUUGUGAAAACUGACCAUUGAUGGUCUAAGAAUCUGGUGCUUAUCCACUAUCUCGCUGGUCGGUUGGAAGGCUUCUCGCCUGUCGCCUCGUUUUACAGAUCACCUAUGACCUUGCCCUGUAUGUAGUCUGGCUGGAUACUAUGGUGCUGACCUUGCCGUGUUGAGAUUGGAUUCUUAUAGAUGCUAGUCUCUGUGAAGCUGAUGCCACAGCUAAUUUGUCAAGUGUAUACCUUAGAUGUAUGUGUAUGAGUAUUUUACCUACGUGUAUGUGACUCUGACCAGGUUCAAUGGCGUCACGCGUGGGGCCAAUAGUUUGGAUUUAAUUAGGAAUCAAAAUAUCUCAAACACUCAAAAUUGUAAUAUUUCCUUUGAAAACAUAUUUAUAAGGAAACAAUAAUGAAUUCUAUUUAUUUAUCUGUAUGUUGGAGUGUUUAAUAUAGAGGAUUAAAAUAUUUUUGAUUUCACAACUCCAUCCACUUACCAGGAGGUUUAGGAGGACAUUUUCAUGAUUUUGGUAGAUAUUGACCUCCAAGCUUGAGGAUGACCUCAAAGCUAGCUGCCUUCUAAAGUGUCUUUAUACAACUGGCUGUGUGUGUAUGUGUGAGUGUUUGGAUUAGGACACAUAUGAUGUUGGUCCACCAACUAUAGUACACAUGUGCUUAAGAUGAACUUCAAAAUGAUACAUUUUGUUUGACAGAACACAUUUUUUGAAUAGAGAGAUUUAUAAGUUUAUGUAAUCUAAUUUUAACUGAUUGUUUGUAGAAGUUUCUGAACUAUCCAGGGUCUCGUUUACACAGGAUACACUGUGGAAGCAACAAAUCUGUCAACAUUACAGAAUCAAUGAGUAUUUUUUUGAGUCAAUUUGUAAAGGUGUCUAAAAUAUAUCUACAUGUAUGUAGAUUCAAAAGGUUCAAAAGAAACACAAACCAAAUUCUGAUUGAACAACUAUACUAUCAUAAUAAUAUCUCUAGGCCCUAUUGUAUCAAACAUUGUUAUAUGGAUGAAACAAUCGGGCAAAAUUUUAAAUUCAUAAUUAGGUAAAUAUUAACUACAGUCGAACCUCGUUAUCACGAAGUAUUUUUUUACAACA